AGAGGCCCAAGGGCAGUGUUAGGCAGCCGCCCUAGGCCUCAAUGAGGGUUGCGGCAGAUAAUCGGGUUUUGAAGGUGACAGGUGGACGUCGUGCCAGCGGUCCUAGGGCGCUGCGAGACAUCACAAACACCGGCGACAAUGGAAAGGACCCGCUGCUCGGCGCAGGCGCCGCCUUCUCCGGCAAGGCGUUCGCCACUGGGCCCUACGAGUGCAUGAAGCCCAGGGCCUCGCAGGCCUCGUCGGGCGCCUCGCAGGGCACCACGUGCUCGACGCGCACGUCCACGCCGCCCACGUUCGACCAGGUGAAGCAGGACGAUGACGAGAACUGUCCCCGCAACCCGCAAAAUGUGGCGGAGUACGCGCACGACAUCUACGGGAUGCUCGAGAGGUACGAGGGGCACCGCCUGCCGGGGUGCAACUACAUGGACAGGCAGCCCGACCUCAACGCCAAGAUGAGGGCCAUUUUGGUGGACUGGUUGGUAGAGGUCGGCAUGAAGCACAAACUGAAGCGGGAGACGCUCUUCCUCACCGUCAACCUCAUCGACCGCUUUCUCGACCAG